GCUAGCAUUUCAAUAUAAUUCGUAGAGUAAGGAAAUUUCGACGAAACGGCUAAAAUAGAAAAGGAAAUAAGAAUUUUUGCUGCCGCUAAAAAGUAUGCAAGAAAUUAAGCCAUUUAAUAGGAUCAUAAAUAGCUCGCCAAACUCAGCAUGGAAUUGAUUGUGUGCAUCUGUGAUUAUUGGAGAUGCUACCACUACUAUAAUCGCCCGAUCCCACCUCAAUCCGCAGAGGAAACCAGGCAGGUAAAUAGCAAGAUUGUGCGCCGUUUGCUAUUGGAGAUGGAUGCUGUUAGUGCCAACUAUGUGCUGCGGGAACUGUUGCAGCAGCAGGUGCUGCGUCACUUGUUGCUGCACGAGCUUGGAGUAGAGCUGCUGUGGCUAAAAUUGCGUCCACCCCAGCGCUCUGAUGCCAUCGACUACAAGUGGGCGAGCAUGCUAUCCCAUACCAUCUGGCAGCACAUCGUAUUGGAGCAACUGAUGUGCUGGCUGUCCACGCUCGGCGGCGGCUAUUCUGCGCUGGGCGACCAAUUUGAACACUGCGCUCAGACAGCUGGUAAAAUCUCGCUGCAGCAGCUGGCAAUUGGUCUGCGUGUGGGCAAUACUUUUCUACAGGCCCGCUGUAAGCUCUUCUACAGCAUAUCGCUCAUUCAGCGUGGCCAACUGCGCCAGGCUAAGCAUCUGAUACGCUCCCAAUAUCGAUUCGCAGGUGGAAAGGACAGCAAACAUAAGAAACACGAUCAGCGUCUGUUGCACAUGUGCGAAGCCAUUUGGCAGCGACUGUGCUAUGAGUACGAACAGCGAAAGAGACGCCGUGAUGAGUCUGUCAAAAGGUUUUAAAGCAAACCAGUUCGAGAAUGUAGUUCCAAUUAUUUGCAUUCUAUUUGGAAAGCUAGAACCGAACCAGAUUAAAAAAGUACAGCCAAACCUAAAUCCGGUCCUCAAUUUAGUUUGGCUCUCAGCAAAAUUAUUGGCAUAUUCAAAAAUCCAGUUUUUAUUCAAAUAAUUACAAAAACAAAACAAAUAGUCAUGUUUUAAAUAUGAUAUUUAAAUAACAUUUCGUUCAAUUCA